AUGUCUGAGAGCCGCGAUUCCGAGUGGGAGAGCGUCAUCGAUUCGACCAGUCCCCCAGAAUCAAAGCUAGAUCGUGAUGGAUUUCAACUUCAAAGGCCUCGGACUAUGUCCCAAGCUAGCACUGUGGUGGAAUUUCCACAAACGCGCUUCUGUGGGACCAGCAUUCAGGCUUCAGCGCCUCCCCCAAGACUUGGUUCUUUCGGUUUCGAAUUGGAGAAAGCCAGUACGGCUAUUUCAACUGGCGAAAUUGACGGACUCGAACUUCAAACGUUUAUAACCACCUCUCAAUAUCAGGCCCCGUCCAUCCCUGCUUUUCCAGCUACGCCCCGCCGUCAGACUGUCCUCGAAGCUCCAGCUGUGCGUGCAGCAGCCCUUAAACGGAGGUUCGAUUUACGCAUCAUGCCGUUCUUGGUGCUGCUGUUCGCUCUAUUUUACCUCUCAUGUGGCAACAUUGUCAACCCCUGGAUUCAUCGCAUCGGCCAAGACCUCCACAUAUCGCAACACGAAGUCAUGAUGCAGUGGUUAAUGUUCUAUAUUGCUUAUAUCCUCAUCGGAAUCCCAUCCUCUCUAUGCUUGGAGUCUGUCUUAGACACCCGUGCCUGGUUCUCACUCGUCUUCGGUUCUGCCGGCUUGAUUAUCUUUGCGACCGCAUUCGCUGAGAGCCUACAUUCGCUACGCACUCUGCGGUUCCUUUUGGGCCUAUGUGGGGGCCAAGCUCUACCUGGAAUUUUUAUUUUCCUUGGCCGUUUCUAUUCAAAACCCGAGCUUUACGUCCGAUUCGGGCUGUGCGUUUUCGUGGGCACUUUCUUUGGCACAUUAAGUGGUAUUUUCGGGGACUCCUUGGAGCGCGUAUCUCGAUGGAAUGGGAGUAUCACACAACACGUCCUAAUUUCCAAUGUCUACGCCCUCGAGGGGUACUUUGUAGCAAUUCUCGGCUAUGCCGCUAUGUUCCUGAUUCCCAUGUCUCCGAGCAUACCUCGUGCCAGCCUUUGGAAAACGCUGUGCUGUUCCGGCGCCUUUGACGAUGCGGACAACACCUUGAGGGACUCUUCACGGCAUCAAGACACGCCAUUCAGUUUGCGAUGCUUGGCAAAUAAACAUACGGCUCUCUGCGCUUCGGCACUGUUUCAUGUCAAUAGCAUCCUCCAAAGCAUACCCACCUUCACGCCACAGAUUGUAGCUCAGAUGGGCCACACGGGCACAAGAGCCCAAAUCAUCUCAGCAGUACCCCUCGCAGUCUCCUCUAUCACCGGCAUCAUCUUCACUGUGCUCUGCGCCCGCAAAGACCCUCUGCUCACUGGCCACAUCUGCGCAAUUUUGGCCACUAUCUCUAUUUUCGGCGCCUCCAACCUCCUUUGGGGGACUACGCCGGCCUUUCAGUACGUCGCCGUCAUCCUCCUCGCCAUUGGUAUACUGCCUGCUCUGCCGGCACUGUUAGUCUGCGGUGUCAAUCACGCGAAAUCACCCCGCGAUCGGGCUCUAGUGGCGGGGUUCCUCAGUUCGGUCGGUGCGCUGGGUGGGUUUUGCGGGGGGUUUAUGGGGUUGGAACACUCCGUACGGAGCUCUUCUGAGACCGGAAUUUGGGUCGGGCAUAUCAUCAACCUCAUCGCUGCGAUUUCAAUUGUGGCGAGUGGGUUUGCGGGGAUGUUGAUGAGCGGUAGGGCGGGUGACGAGAAUAUUCAAGACUGA